GUGCGGUAUAAAAGUGAGCGUUGUACUACCACUCUGACAUAGUUCACGACACUCCACGUGCCAAUUCGCUGCUGCACGUCCACACACAUAAACAACAAUGAAACUGCUGGUCGUAUCUUGCGCUCUGCUGUCUCUUGCGACGGCUCUGCCGCAGAGAAGAGUGUCGCUGAAGCCUGAUCAGCCGGAGGUGGAUGACCAGCAGCCUGCUGAGCAGAACUACAACAACUACCAGCAACAGCAGCCUGAGUACAGACAGCCCCAACAGCAGGACUACAGACCAGCUAAGCAGAUUGAAGACUUCAGGCCCAAGGUCCAACUGGAAACCACAACUUUCAUUCCCAUCAUCCGUUUCGACAAGGAGCAAGGAACUGACGGAAGCUACAAGACUGCUUAUGAAACCGGUAACAACAUCCACGCUUCCGAAGAAGGUUUCUUGAGGGCUGUCGGUGAAGACCAGAACGCUUUGGUCCAGCAAGGUUCCUACUCCUACACCGCUCCUGAUGGUCAGGUCAUCACCGUUGAGUACACCGCUGAUGAGUUCGGAUUCAGGGUCAAGGGCGACCACAUUCCCACCCCUCCUCCAGUCUCUCCCGAAAUCCAAAAAGGUCUCGACCUGAUCUACGCUGGAAUCAAAGCCAACGCUGAGCGUGCCGCAAUCGAAAGUAAGAACAACCCUGAGGCUGCCAGACAACAAGAAGACAGAGCCGCUCUUGACUACAAAGGCACGUACUACCAGCAGUAAAGUGACUUAGUGACUAGAGUGUAAAUACCGUGAACGUUCUCAUGGCAGGACCUCCCAAAUGCCAUAUACUUUAAGACUAGAAUCGCCUAUCACCAUCAUGUCACAUACAACCAUUAAGACUUGUAAUCCAAUCAUACAAUAAACGAAUCCACUGUUGGAUAAAACGUGACCCGUGAUUGGAUCAUAAAAUUUCCGUAAGCAGUAUUCAUAUGUGGUCAUAGGCUUUAGUUUAGGGUUAACCAAUUGUUAUUUUACAAGAUAAUUAUAAUACUCAGUAUGACGUGUAAUUACUAUAAAGAUAAGCGAGAUUCUUGGUCGAUUCUUUUCAUAAAACAAUCUUGAUUUUAAGGUGAAUACUGUUUUACUAGCGUUGAUGAAAGUAACAUUUACUAACGUAAAAUCUGAAGCUUAUAUUAAGCUUGGGUCGAGU